UGACAUUGUCAGUCUUAGACUUUCAUUUCUGCUGCAAUUAUCAUAAACAUUGAAAAUGGGUUUCUAUUUUUAUUUUGGAAUAGUACUUUAUUUUGUGUGUGUAAUUAUCAAACCUGCGUUUUCAGCUGGAACGUCAAGUGCCAGUAAUCAAAUUCAAGGUCUAACCGAAAAUAUUUUAGAUGCCAUAGUUCGACAAUAUGAUAAAUACAAUUUUAUUGAUACUUUAUCUCAAUUUAAGUUAUUUAAUUAUUCGUUGUCCAAGGAUGAAUUAGAACAUAUUGUUAAGCAAGAUAGUAGAGUUAAACAAAUUGCUGCUCUUGUUAAUAUCUGUGUAAUGCAUUCAAAUCUAGAUCCUAGAGAAAAAAGACUUACUGUAGGUCAAGUACAACGGUGUACAGAAAUAUUUGUAAAGUCUGAUAAUAAUUCUGACGGAUUUUUAAAUUCAGAUGAGCUGCGUUCUGCAAUAAAAGCUAUUACGGAUAACGAAAUUGCUAAUGUUGUAGAAUAUAAAUACAAGGAUUUUUUGAAUGAUUGGACUAAAGAAAUUUUCAUAUUUACCUUUUUAAGAUUACUUUUAUAACACUCCGAAAAAUAUAAUAUACAACUAACAAUAAAAAAAAACUUUUCAAAUCAUUAAUUAUCAUCAAGAAAUCAUUAAGUUAAAAUGUGUUAAUCAAAAAUUGUUGUUAUAUUUUAAGUUUAUAAACUAUAUUGUUUAACCUGCUCGUUAGUCCACAAUUGAAAUA